CCUGCCACCACGACAGUCUCAACCACAUUAUGCCUCCUGACCAGACAACACUUUUCCUUUCCUGUCGCUUGCCGUUUCAAUCGUGAUCGUCAACACCACCACAAUGCUUCUCCCAUGCGCCCGCUAAUGAAGCAGACACCUCGCCUCGGGCAGCACCCCUCGUCUUACCUGAUCAUCCCUGUAAAACACCAUGACAGACUCCCGACUCACAUCUCCGAACCACCCUCCUCCCGAGUCUCGCACUCGUAAUGUCCAGGAUGACCUGGGUCAAUAUCGCUUUCCUCGAGAUCAAAAUCAAGACCAAGAUCAACCAAACGAGCCAGGAGUAUGGGCAGAAGAUCGGUUUCUGUUGACACCCCCGGCACAAACACACAAUGGCGAUCCUAUGGAGGAGGUCAUAUAUCAAAACCAUGCUCGAAUCUUCCAAGCAAACCAGCAGGCCUUCUCUCAGAAUGUACAGCUGUCAAACUCCCCUGAGAAUUCUCACCGGGCACAUCGUGAUGCUGCCCACCUUCUCAGCGGGUUGCAUAUCAGGACUGAUGGCAUUACGCUCAAGCGAUCGAAUUCUACUCAUUCGAUAGAAUCCGAGCCGCGGUUACGAUCGAGUUCCUCUGCUUCCAGCAUCCCACUUCGAGUCCCAAGUAUUCGAGCACAUCUCCACUCCUCUGCUGGCUCUGUUUCUCCUGGGACGACCAUCUCGUCGCCGCAAAUCGCUGCCAUGCUCGAUAUCACGCCGUUACCUUCGCCGACCAUGGGUGCAUUUGAGUCACUCCGAGCACUCUCGCGGACCCGGUCUCGUGGCUCUUCUAUUUCCUCUCUCAAAUCUCUUAAGGUGGACAUGCCUCCUCCAGCUUUUCCUUCUGCCACUUCCUCCAACUUAUCACCUACGUCUCCACGCCGUAAAGGUUAUCCCGGUCUAAAAUCUCCUCCGAGAUCGCAUCCGUCUGACGAACAGGAUAGCCAUAACGAAGAUGCACACCCUAGAAGUGUGAGUGACUAUGUUCCCGAGGCUCUAGCGGUGCCAAAACCACGGCAUGUGGCUGUGUCGACCGCUGGACCACCAUCUGGAUUGACAGGGGAACCCUCCAUGCAUCGUGAGGAGUUCCUCGGUCCUGACAGAAGAACGUCUAAGCCCCAUGUUCGACCAUCAACGCCACCUCGGGUGGUGCAUGAAGCCGCAAAUGUCCACGAAGCUGAACCAGCAGCUAAACGUCCCAGACUGGAAGUCUUCCAUGCCAAAAGCAUCACCACAGGGGAACCAAGAUCUUACGAAGCAAUUCGGGUACUUGGACAAGGAACUUUCAGUAAGGUCUACCUAGCGGUGAGGUUGAUUCACAAAGACCGAAAGGAUAGCGUUGACUAUCGCCAAGAGAGCAUGAAUAUGGCUGGCGUCAAGGCUCGGUCUCGAAGACUGGUCGCAGUCAAAGUGGUGGAGCAUGGACCAGCUGGCGGCGCAGAUGCCGAAAGGAUCGAGAUUGGAUUGAAGCGGGAGGUUGAGAUCUUGAAGUCGAUCCAACAUCCUUGCUUGGUCCACUUGAAGGCCUUUGGCAACGACGGGCACGCUCGAGCACUCUUGGUUAUGAACUACUGUCCUGGUGGAGACCUGUUCGAGGUCGCAACAAAACAUCGGGAAGUCCUGGUGCCUACACUUGUGCGGAGGAUAUUCUCAGAGCUUGUUUCGGCAACACGCUACCUUCAUCAAAAGUUUGUUGUUCACCGUGACAUCAAGCUGGAAAACGUCUUGCUCAACAUACCCGUGCGAGUUCAUUCCGAUGUCGCCAAUUGGCAGACGCUAGAUCGAGCUGUUGUCACUCUGACUGAUAUGGGUCUCUCGCGUCGAAUACCUGAACCGCCAGAGAGUCCCCUGCUUAGCACCAGAUGUGGCAGUGAGGAUUAUGCGGCUCCAGAGAUCCUGAUGGGACAGCCAUACGACGGGCGUCAGACGGAUGCUUGGGCGCUGGGAGUUCUUCUGUAUGCGCUGAUGGAAGGCCGCUUGCCGUUUGAUCCUCUGCCUGGAGCGAGAGGAGAUCCAGCCACGCUACGAGCGCGGACGCCUCAUCGAAUCGCACGAUGCGAGUGGGCCUGGGUUAAAUUUGGUGACGAAGACGGCGAUUGGGAUCCUGACAAAGGCAAAGAUUUUGAAGGUGCCAAUGCUUGCGUGGACGCAUUGUUGAAACGAAAUACUCGACGGAAACCACUGGCUGAGAUCCGCGAGAUGGCUUGGGUUAAGGAUGGAAUUCAGGUGGAUGGUGGUCUUCGAUGGGUCGAAGAGGAAACGCUGUAAAAAUAUGAUGAGCAUGCAUUACGCCCGGGAAUACCGAGUAGACUGAAGUUUAAGGUACUUAUAGAGGCUUGUCGCUUGGUUACAUCUGUCAGAAUACGAAGAAGGUCUCACCGAA